AGGCAGGAAGUGAGGUGUGGACAUGUCUGCUUGUCUAUACAUUGUCUGCGUACAUAUAUGAUGGAUCAGACUCAGCGCCUUGACUAUAAUGAUGACGAGGAAGAGCCAUCGGCUGAUAGAGACAGACCGGUGGGCAAUCUGCAUAUGUUUGCUGGCAUCCAUGGAGGCACACAGGACUUCCCCAUCUACCGCGGCCAGAACGUCAUUGGCCGUCAUGCCAACUGUGAUAUCACCCUGCCGGCGCAGUCUGUGUCAAAGAAACACGCGGUUCUGGAGGUGAGAGGGGACUGUCACACCAUUUGUGACAACAACAGCUUAAACAAGACGCGGCGUGGCAAGACGGCCCUGGCACCGAACGUACACUACGCCCUGUCGGAUGGCGACUUUUUGCUGUUUGCCGAUGUGGCCUGUCGCUACACUAUAGUGAAAGUAGAAGCAGAGGCGACAGAGGUGGAAGAUAGUGAGGAUGAUUCUGUCCUGGUGCCCGCUACCCAGGGAGCUCUGGCGAUUGAGAAGACUCCAGGAGCAGCUAUACGGAGGAUAGCCCGGGGUAUUGUGCUGGCUAGAGACUCUGGGGAUGAAGAAAAUGAGGAGGAGGAGGAGGGACGGACACGGUGGCAUGAAGGAGGUUCUGGAUCCGUCAGGGAUGGUCACAAAACAUCGGCUUCAGGAACCACUUUCCCACCUGAUGCAGACACCAUUGUGCCUGAAAGUGAUGAGGAAACUGAUACAUCCACGUCAGAGAUGCGUCUUCCUUCACUAAGUCUGCGAUGUGAUAGCGAUACAGACACAUCAAGAAGAAGCUCUUUUGUACCUUCUUCACAGAGCAUCUCCACGCCCUUACCUAAGUCCAAACAUGAUGGAAGGACAGCAGUAGACAAGGAAGAAAUGAUACCCAGGAAACCAGAAGAUGGCGAAAUAAAGACAAGUUCAGCAGUUGAGGAAAACCAAGAAGAACAAAAGGCGUCCACGUCUGGGGGUAGCGUGUCUCAGCCUGAAGUAGGGAUUGUAAGUACAGUAGACAGUGAGAGGAUGCUCCAACACAAGGCAUUAAAGGAACCGUGCUCUGAAAAUAAGCCAGCAAGUAGUCCAUGUGUUGAAGUAGAUAACGUGGCAUUGACCCGAAGUGAGAAUGUUCAGGAGACCCCAAGUGAACUUAAACCCAACGUUGAUGUGAAAGUAGAUCAUGUGAGCUUAGACAUUGCAGCAAAUAUUCAAGAAGACACAACAACUUCUGGAUCAGAUGUAAAUACAGCAGAGACAUCUGAAAUCCAAACCAACAAGAGCAAAGAGGAAGGCGAUAGUAGAUCCUCAGGAUCACGUGAAGCCGCUUUCCACAUGGACAGUGACACUGAUGUUGAUGAAGAUGAAGCAGAAUCUGAUUUGGAGAAGUCCAAGUCACUUCAAGUUGCAUAUAUUGAGAAAUCUGAGAAGAAUGCAAGUGUACCUGUGACUUGCAGAAAGGAAGGAGACUCGGACAGCGAUACUGAUGUUGAGGAUGAUCAGAAUGUUACAAAGUCUAAGAGUGAUAGUGACGAAGCAAAGAAAACAAUGGGCGAGCCCAGUAAAACCGAAGGGACCCCUGGACUCAGUUUAGACAGUGAUACCGAUGAUGAUGAUGAUGAUGAUGAUGAUGAUGAUGAUGAUGAUGAUGAUGAUGAUGAUGAUGAUGCAGAUGAACCCAAGCCACUUGGGAACAAAGCUGAUCAGGACUCCAGAAGUAACACUGACGAGAAGAAAGAAGGAUUCCACAUGGACAGUGACACAGAUGUAGAAGAAGAGGUUUUCACUGCUGAAGUGAAGGAAGCUAAACCUGAACCCCUUAAGACAAGUGCAAAGGAAACAAAGGGUGUAUUGAACCUGGACAGUGACACAGACGUGGAUGAAGAGGACAAUGUCUCCAGUAGACACAUGACACAUGGACUGCAAGACUCCUCUACAGCAAGCACAAAUGUCCAAGAGGCCACAGGUGUGGAGAGCGACACUGAUGUUGAUGAAGAUGAGCAGAUAUCUGAAGGAGCAAAGGACAAUACUGAUGUAGUGAAAGCCAAAGAGGCAGCUGCAUUACACGUGGACAGUGAUACAGAUGAUGAUAAUGAUGAUCGAUUACCGGUUGUACCACCUUUGGAGAUAGUACGAGCACCUGAAGUUAGCUCUGACAGUGCUGUGAAGGACACAGAAACUGCUAAAGAGCCUGCUGACCUGCACUUGGAUAGUGACACAGAUGUGGAAGAAAGUGAUGCACGGGCAGAAGAAGACGAGAUGGACACCACUGGCGCUCAGGACGAGAUGGACACCACUGGCGCUCAGGACGAGAUGGACACCACUGGCGCUCAGGAGGAAGCAGAUCAGAAAUCCUCAGUAUCUUCAGUCAAUGAAAUUGCUGCAGUAUCUGGAUCAUCUGCUGAAGAAACUAAGAACAUUCCUACAGAAGUCAGCAUGGAUGAGGACGAGACUCAGAAAUCUGACUCUGAAAGCGCUGACUUGGAAAUGAUGCCCACACAGUGCUACCUGGAACCAGAAGCAGAGUCAGAAUUACCAGAUGAGGAGGAGGAAGAGGCUACACAAGCAUAUAUAUUCAGUUCCACGUGGGCAGAGCCCAAUCCAUUCAAAUGUCCUGCUGAUCCGAUAGGCGUGCUGCAGAUUUCAUCAGUGACCUCAGUGAAUACAUCUGAGGAGGAAAUCGACGAGAAUGCAUUGGCUGAAACUCAGUCUUUUUGCACUGAAGCAGAACUAGUAGGGCCCAGUGUCCAAGAGACUCCCGAACUUGUCGAAAGAAGCUUAGAUGAAUCAAUGCAGUCUACAACUAGUGAAAAAGAAUCUGGAAAACAAGUCCAGCAGUUGUCUCAUCAGACCAUGUCCCCGGAUGCUACACAACCAGUCUCCCAGUGCUUGUCCUCAAUGCAGUCUGAAGAAACUGGUACAUGGAUGCACCUUAAAAGAGAGGUCCCAGCUUCAGUUUGGAUAAGAGGCAUCCAGCAGGGAGGAGACUCUACAGAUCUGGAAGGAGGCAGUGAUGCAACCCAAGCUGAAGAUCAAUCCCUAAAUCUGGAGCUUGAAGCCACACAGAUAUAUGGUGUAGAAAGUCCAUCUGAACAGAAACCUCUAGCGCACACAGAAAUCCAACUAGUGCCCGCUGCAGGUGAAGAUAAGGAAACGCCAACAGUGCCUGCAGCAGGUGAGGAUAAGGAGACCCCAACAGUGCCUGCUGCAGGUGAGGAUAAGGAGACCCCAAGAGUGCCUGCUGCAGGUGAGGAUAAGGAGACCCCAACAGUGCCUGCUGCAGGUGAGGAUAAGGAGACCCCAACAGAGCCUGCUGCAGGUGAGGAUAAGGAGACCCCAACAGUGCCUGCUGCAGGUGAGGAUAAGGAGACCCCAACAGUGCCUGCUGCAGGUGAAGAUAAGGAGACCCCAACAGUGCAUGCUGCAGGUGAGGAUAAGGAGACCCCAACAGUGCAUGCUGCAGGUGAGGAUAAGGAGACCCCAACAGUGCCUGCUGCAGGUGAGGAUAAGGAGACCCCAACAGUGCCUGCUGCAGGUGAGGAUAAGGAGACCCCAACAGUGCCUGCUGCAGGUGAGGAUAAGGAGACCCCAACAGUGCCUGCUGCAGGUGAGGAUGAGGAGACCCCAACAGUGCCUGCUGCAGGUGAGGAUGAGGAGACCCCAACAGUGCCUGCUGCAGGUGAAGAUAGGGAGACCCCAACAGUGCCUGCUGCAGGGGAAGAUAAGGAGACCCCAACAGUGCCUGCUGCAGGUGAAGAUAAGGAGACCCCAACAGUGCCUGCUGCAGGUGAAGAUGAGAAGACCCCAACAGUGCCUGCUGCAGGUGAAGAUAAGGAGACCCCAACAGUGCCUGCUGCAGGUGACUAUAAGGAGACCCCAACAGUGCCUGCUGCAGGUGACUAUAAGGAGACCCCAACAGUGCCUGCUGCAGGUGAAGAUAAGGAGACCCCAACAGUGCCUGCUGCAGGUGAAGAUAAGGAGACCCCAACAGCUGCCCGCAGUCUAAGUAGAAGUAAGAAAAAAGUGGAAUCUGCAAAGAAUGUGCCGCAGACUUCAUCAGAAAUUGAAGAGUGUCCAGGCAAAGAUCCUGCUGGUCCCGGAUCUCUAAAGGAGGAACCAGGUGAAAAGGGUGCAGGAGAGCCACAAAUAUCUGAACCUGGGAUCCAAGAAGUGCAAGUAGAGAGAGGAUUGAGAAGAGGAGGGAGGAGAAUUGCAGAAUCACAGACCAAGACUACAGUGAAGGAAGAAAUUCAUGUUGCAACAACUUCUCGAAAGACAACCAGUAAAACCUCUGAGGAUGACCCAUCGGCAUCAGGAAUUAAUGAGAAGCGUGGCAGGAGAAGUUUACAAAGAAGAAAUAAGCAGUCCAGUUCCAACACUGAGGAGGCUAAGGAAGGUUCUGCCCCAGAAAUCCUACCGAUAAAUUCACCUGAGGAAAUUGAAAGCCUGAAUGCAGAAGAUCACCAAAAAGGUAACACAGCAGAGCAGACAUCCAAGGAGUCAAGUGAUCAGUCUUCUUUGGAGAACAAGGAUAUUUUAAGCACUGAGGCUUUUACAUCUUCGGCAGUUAUUGAAAGUAAUAACCCUAUGGAGUCAAAUGAUAAUUCUGCUGAUAAGGAGUCUGAUUCACGUGACACCAAUGUGAAUGAGAAGCCAGGAAGAAACAAAAGACGAGUGGCUACAAGGCUAAAGAGUGACGAUGCAGAUAAAACAGAGUUCACUGAUAAUCUAGAGAAAGAAAAAGAUGAAAGUAGAGGACGACGUAAUGUGAGGACAACUAGGAAGACCGAUACAAGCAAGCAAAGCUCUGAAUCGCCACAGUCACAGCAGAUAACACAAGAACAAAGUCAAGGAAGAAAAGCAACUCGGAAAUCUCGCACUAAGCCUUCAGAACCACAGUCGGACAAAGUUGAGGACACCACGAUCAGCGUAACAGAUGAAAACAAGAAGGUUGAAGAAAUCUGUCCAGCAGACUCAGUUUCUGGGAAUGAAAAACCAAGAAGAACACGGAGGAGUUUGAAGGAAGAAAUUGAAGAAGAAUCUGAAAACCUACAAGACAGGGACAAGAAGGGGAAAAACGUGAGGCGUGAAAGUGUUAAAGAUGCUGAACCAAGAACUAAAGACAAAGAACAAGAAAAUCUUGAGGAUUUGGCAGCAAGUAAUAAAAUAUCCAGAAGAACGAGAAAUAAUCCUAAGGGGGAAACCACAAAGCCAGAACAAGUGAAAGAAGAAAAUGAAGUAGUAAAAAAAUCUAGGAGGACACAGAAGAAUCUGAAGGAAGAACAGAAAACUGAAGAUAAUACUGAAACCCAGGGUACAUCCAGCAGUGAAACGCAAACAUCAAGAAGAACUAGAAAAGAAAAUCGAGAAGAAGACAGUGUGGUAAAAGAAGAAACCGUAAAAGAAACCACCCCCAGAAGAACAAGGAGACACUCAAAGGAAGACUCAAUUAAAUUAGAAGAAGACCAAACUAAAAGGUCUAGGAGGACUAGGAAGGACUCUAAGGAAGAGGCAAAGACUGAAGAACCGGUUGAGGAGAGUGUCCUAGAGGAAAACAAAGAAGAAACCGUUGGAAGAAAGACUAAUCGAAAAACUAGAAAAAAUGUAAAAGAUGAUGAGAAAACAAUUCUGCAUGAAGAGUCAAAGCAGACUGAGGAUAAUUCUAAGUCUGAAAGAUCGUCAAGAACACGAGCAAAGGCAUCUGAUGAAAAUCGAGAGUUGCAUGAAGAAGGUGUGAACAAGGGAGUGGAGGAGAGUCAAAAACUGUCCCCACACGAGGAGAAAUUAAAGCCUGCAGUUGGGAGAGGCAGACGAGCUGCUAAAAAAGAAGAUACACCUGAGGUUUCUACUCCAGUUGCUUCAAGAAAGCGAGGGCAAGCAGCAAAGGCAGAAGUAGAAAUAAAGAGGAAAAAAUCAGAUGAGGCAGAAGAACAAGAAGAGUUAGAGGUGGUAGAAACUCCAAAAAGAGGGAGGCCAAGAAAGCUGGUUACACCAACGGAAAGCCCGCGGGCUGGAAAGGAAAUCUCCACACCUGAUCCAUCCCCAUCUCGAAGCACCCGACAAAGGCCAAGUUUAGCUUUAAGUAACCCACCAGAGGCCAUAACUCCCCGACGUACUAACAGAAUGUCCACUUCAGCCACCAGUCCUUACGUUGCUCAGUCGGGAUCUGCUCCUAAGAUUCUGUUCACUGGAGUGGUGGAUACAGCAGGCGAGGAGACAAUCCGCUCUCUGGGUGGUGAGAUCGCAGAAUCUGUAUUUGACUGUACCCACCUGGUAACUGACCGGGUCAGAAGAACAGUGAAGUUUCUUUGUGCCCUUGCGAGAGGCAUCCCUAUCGUCACUCUGGACUGGAUAGAUAAGUGUAAGAAGAGCGGAUGCUUCUUGUCCCCAACUGGAUUUCUUGUAAAUGAUAAAGAACAAGAGAAAAACUUCAACUUUACUUUGUCAGAAUCUCUGCAGAAAGCGAAGAGGCGUCCACUCUUAGAGGGCUAUGAGAUUCAUGUAACUGCAAAUGUCAAACCGGAACCUGACCACAUGAAGGAUAUCAUCCGCUGCAGUGGAGCAACCUUCCUCCCUAAAAUGCCUCGCUCAUUCAAGGACAAAUGUGUUGUUGUGUCCUGUCCUGAAGAUGCUGCUCGUUGCAAGUCAGUCCCAGCAUCGGUUCUGAUCACAUCGGCAGAAUUUAUCCUCAGUGGGAUCUUGCGACAAGAAGUAAACCCAACCGCGUAUCUGCUAAACCCUGCGGUGCAGGACUCCGGACCCCCUCCGGCUAAGCGGAGGCGCUGAGUCCGUGUACAUAAUGCCCUUUAUUACGUAAUAUUCGUUAUUUUGUAGCAACUUUUUUCUAAUUCGCAUUGAAGAUGUUGGAGAGGCUUUUACAGGGUCAUGACCAAUUUCCUUAUGAAGGCUUAAAGAAGGAAGUCUGUUGUAUUCUGCAGGACUGUGGACCCCCGAGUACUCACAUAACACGUAGAAGCACCUUCUCCAAGAUCCACGUGACAAGUUCAGGAGCUAAAUCCACACACAAUCAAUCUGUUCAGCCGUAGACCAUGAGCUUUGUGAUGUCCUUAUAAAAUAAUUUUUGGAAAAGAUAGAAAAAAAGUGGAGCAGCAUUUGAAAUCUUAAUGGGGAAGAUUGGUGAAAUAUAUAUAUUUUUUUUUUACAUUUUCAGCCCAUUCUAGUCUUUAUAUUAAAACUCUGAUCCCACUGAUAAACUCUUUUAAAGGAACAAAAUUGAUAGUGAGGUGGGGGGUCAUUGUAUUCCUGUCAUGCUACGCCUCCUCAGCCCUGCAUUAGGUAUCGUACAGGGCGCACAUUUUACCUGGAGUGUUUGGUUGCACAGUCUUUAGGAUUUGGCUGUCUUCUGAUUCCUCCUCAUAAUUUAAUAGGGUCACUGCCCAGUUUGGUCACAGAGAUUUGAAGGGGUUGUCCAGUAAUGCCAAACUGUUAACUAAUCCCUGCACUGCAGCCUAUGGAGCAGGAGACCAUGUACGGGAGGAGGCAAACAAGAAGAUGGACAUAUGGGGCGCGCAGAACUGGAGCGACGUUGAAUCUAUCCGUAGCGGAGGCAGGCUGCGGGCAUCAGGACAGCCUCUUUAAAGGUCAUGUACACCUUUACAACACUUUCUUUUUUUGUGCCUCUGAAAUGAAAAAUGAUGCAGCUUUGCAGUUUUGUACAAUUUUGUUUCUGCAGCUCCUGUGCAGACUGUGUGUUUCCACGGUAACAGACAACAAAGAACCCUGCCUAGUCUAAUCCGGCAGCCCUCUUUCCUUCCAUUUGACCCCUGCUUUAUGUUGACCUACCUUUGGCAGGUUAUUAAGAAGCAGGGGACAGUUAGAAGGGAGUAUUACUGCAGAAUCUGACUGCGCAGUAUGUUUGUCGUCUGUUACCACGGAAACGGCUCUGCAUAGGUGCUGUAAAAAUUUAAAAAAAAUGACAAGCUUUGGCAAAGUUGCUUCCUUUUUUAUAUUCUAUGCACUGAAAAAAUAUACGAACAUUGGUUGUGAAGGUGCAUAUAGCCUUGAAUUGCUGCAUUCAGAACAAGCCGAUGUUUCAUACACCCCUGUGCAUCCAUUAUUGCAGUGCAUUGUUCUUGAUAAGUCAGAUGCAGUGUAAUGCAUGGUCUGUAAUGGGAUACGGGUACAAGCCGAGCUGCCCAUGUAGGAGUGCAGGCAUCGAUGAUUAUAGCCAUUGUCAUAUGAAGAUCUAUGAGCUAUGCAGUGGCCACUUUUAGAUUUCUCUAAUCAUCUCGAGGUGGUUCCAUUGUCGGAUCGUAAGGCCCAGAAACUCCUUACUGGAAAGUGAAAGGUGACUCAAACAGAUGGCGACUCAAACUGGUCACGUCGUCCUGAAGAAGACGCUCUGCACGUUCUGGACUGUUAAUUUAUAUAACUGUAGAUAUCUUGUGUCCCGACCCUGUACUGGCACCAUUACCCCCUGGCACAUUGCGCAGGGUGAGCUCUCCGCCUGUAUAUAGUGCGCAGCAUUUCUGUACAUAAUAAACAUGCUAUUUUUUA